AUGAACAGGAAUAAUCAUAUCAUACAAAAUCAAAGAAAUGGAAAAUCAAAAAAGGCUUGCUUGCUGAUCCUCCCGUCCAUCCAGUCUAAAAGUACACAGGAAUGGGAUAUCUGGUUUUUCGGCCGUUUCAAUUGCUGGCGCCUAUUUGGUGACGCAUUAAGAUGAUGUUGAUUGAUAAUCGAAGGCAAAGGCGUCGCGCAGUCAUUACUCUUAGUCUAGAUGCUGUUAUUGUGCGGUUCGAGGUUGGUCGGCAGGAUCAGUAGGUGGUGGUGCCGUGGUGGUAGGAGUUGAACGUGGCAGGCCAAGAGGGUCUUCACGAUGUCGAGAAAUGGCUGCCCUGGCAGGAGUGUCAGGCUGGGCUCCCGAUCGAGCGUAUGGCGAAUCGUACUCUUGUUGUUGUUGUUGUCGUGAGGCGGAAGCUCGGGUCAUAGGUGACUCCUGCUCAGACUUGGUAGAACCACGUGCACGCCUUCGCUUGCCGGACGAUGAGCUCGAAUGGGAAUUGCUUGCACUUUGAGGCUCGCGUGCUGUCGGUGUUAGCAUCGCGGCUAUAGCCAUGGUCGUACCAGUUGUUGGAAGAGCAGGCUUUACUUCUUCUGUUGCUGCUGUAGUCGCAGGGGCGGGACUGCUUUCCACUGGCUGCGAAGAUGCCUGCGCCACCAGUCUUGGUCCUGAUGUUGGGCCUGGCGCGCCGGGUGUUUGACUGGUCGCUCCAACGGUCUCGGCCUUCCUCAGUGCUUCUGCUUUUGUAGGACGACCUCGCUUACGCUUGAUGGGGGGCUCCGAUGGGG